CGCCGAGGCGCGCUCCCCUUCAUAGUCGUCCGCCUGCGAGCGUCUUCGUCGCAUCCGUCUGCCUUGCCUCAAACGAAGCUGCUGCUCGCAAAAUCUCCGGCGCCUGCGAAGAUGAACGGCUUCGCGCCUCCUUUCGCUCAGCCGGCAUCGGCCUGGCAAGAGCACAAAACGCCCGAGGGCCGAGCCUACUAUUACAACUCUGUUACCAAGGUCACGCAAUGGACCAAGCCGGAGGAGUUGAUGACGCCGGCAGAGCGCGCUCUCCUGUCUCAGCCAUGGAAAGAGUACACCGCGGAGGGCGGUCGCAAGUACUGGUACAAUACCGAGACGCAGCAGAGCUCUUGGGAAAUGCCCGAAGCAUUCAAAAAGGCUCUGGGAUCGACUGGUGGGCCGACCAACCCCGUUCCCCAGACUACUCCUACUCCAUACACGCAGAGUGGCGAUCGAGAACCCUACCCCGAAUCUCGCCGAUUGACCUACGGCGACGACUCCAAGUCACAGCAGCAAGCCUUUGUCCCCGCCUCGAAUGAUCCAGAGUAUGCCACUCCUGAGGAGGCCGAGGCAGCCUUCGUCAAGCUGCUAAAGCGAAGCGGCGUCCAGCCAGACUGGACCUGGGAGCAAACCAUUCGUGCCACUGCCAGGGACCCGCAGUUCCGCGCCAUCAAGGAUCCGAAAGACAGGGAGGAGGCCUUCCACAAGUACUGCCAAGACGUGCGGCUCCAGGACGCAGAGCGCGCCAAAGAGAGGCAGGCAAAGCAAGCAGUCGACUGGGAAACCAUGUGCAAACGACAUCCUGAGAUCACCCACAAGACUCGAUGGAAGACGGCCAGGCCCAUGCUCGAGGGAGAGACCAUAUUCCGUUCCACUAACGAUGAGAACGAGCGCCGGCAGCUCUUUGAGGAGUAUGUCACCAAACUCAAAAAGGCUCACAAAGAACAGCAGGCUAGCCAGAAGAAGAGCGCCAUGGACGGCCUUAUCGACCUGCUUCCGAAGCUCAACCUCGAGCCGUACACGCGCUGGGCGGAUGCCAGAGAAAUCAUCUCCUCCACGCCUGCUCUUCAAGAACAGGAGAAGUAUAGAACCCUCAGUCAGUUUGACAUCCUGACUGCCUUCCAAAACCACAUGAAAGGUCUGGAGCGCGCCUUCAUUGAGUCUAAGCAGGAGGAGAAGAGCCGAAAGUUCCGCAAGGAGCGCAAGGCGAGAGAUGCUUUCAAGGCCCUGCUCGAGUCUUUCCGCAAAGAAGGCAAGAUCAAUGCCGGCACCAAAUGGAGCCAGAUCGUCCCUCUUAUUAAGAGCGACGAACGCUACCUGACCAUGAUCGGCCAGCUCGGUUCGAGUCCUCAAGAACUAUUUUGGGAUGUGAUCGAAGAGGAAGAGAGGGCGCUCCGUGGCCCUCGCAACAUUGUCAUCGACGUCCUCGAAGAUAAGCGGUUUGAACUCACCCCAAGUAGUGAUCUUGAGGAAUUUCUCUCCGUCAUGAAGAAUGAUCACCGUACGGCUAACAUUGAUCGUGACACGCUCCAACUUAUUUUCAACCGCCUGCGUGAAAAGCGAGCCUCCAAGCGCGAAGAUGACAGACAGCCCGAUCGUCAGCAGCGUCGGGCUAUCGACGAUCUUCGUGCCUACAUUAAGCGUUUAGAGCCGCCGGUCACGCUGAGCGAUACAUAUGACAAGGUACGACCGAGACUACUGAAAUCAGACGAGUUCCAGGCCGUCGCUUCGGAAGAGUUCCGCCGAAGUGCCUUUGAGAAACACCUCCGCAGGUUACGCGAGAAGGAUGAAGCAGACCGCACCUACCGACGUCACGAUCGACCCUCCAUCGAGAGAGACGUGCCGAGACGCGACAGGGAUCGAUCUCGUGGUGAGCGUUCACAUCGCGGCGGCGGCGGCCGUGGUGGUAGGCGCAGCCGUAGCCCAGAACCCGAUGCAUACGAGGCAGACAGGCGAAAGGCGAUAGCUGAGCGCGAGCGAAACCAUCGCAAGUCGACCAUGGCAGAGAACCUUCUCGCAACUGACCGUGGUCGUCUUUCGCCGCCGCCACCACGCCGCGAACGCGAUCGUGAACGCGACCGAGAUCGAGACCUGGACCGUCCUCCUCGCUCCAGGCGCGAUGACGAUGCCUUUCAUGACCGCGAGCGCAGAGACCGGGAAGAUGACAGAGAGAGGCUCUACCGCCGCCGCGCUGAUCGAAGUUCGUACGACGAGCUCCCGUAUGGCGAUGAGCGUCCUGCUGCUCCGCGUCGUCGUCGUCCCGAAGAGGAAGAUGACUAUGCUCGCCGAGAUUCACGAGACUCAAAGAGACUCAGAAGAGAACGAUCACGUGAGCGCACCCCCCCUCGUGAAGGACGCCAACCACGCAUUAGAACCCCUGAGCCAGCCAAGGACGUACGCAGCGGAAGCGAAGAGGGAGAAAUUGAGGAGUAGGCAACCCCAGCGUCGCGCCUUUCACCGUCUGGCGAGUAAGCUUUAUAUUUCUUUUUGCACAUUUUUUUGCCACCACGGAUCGUAAAACCCCAAAACCAAGGACCAAGGAUCCAGGACCAACAAAAAAAAAGAAAAGAAAUUG